UGCUGAGACGGGCCGCUGAGGGACACUACACCUGCUGGACUCGUUGAGUUCCUGUUCUUUCCUUGCUCCAGUCUGUGUUGAGUACGAGAGGGAUCUGGCCAUGCUGGCAUCACGGGUUCUGCUGACCAAGAAGGCCUCCACUGUCCUCAGCCGACAGCCUGCGUGCCUGGCUCACCAAGGAGACUGGGGCAACUGGGGCAACACCAAUGUGGCAGUGGUGUACUCAGGAUGUGGCUGGUGGGACGGCACUGACGUGCAUGAGGCUGCCUACACCAUGUACCACCUGAGCCGUAAUGGAGCCAAAUUCCAGAUCUUCGCUCCAAACCAGCAGCAGAUGCACGUGAUGGACCACAUGAAGAAGCAGCCCUCCUCUGGAGAGAACAGGAACAUGAUGAUGGAGUCUGCACGCUUCAGUCACGGCCAGGGUAUGAUGCAGAUCCAGGACCUGUCAAGACUGGACGUCAGCAGCUUCGACGCCAUCAUCUUCCCUGGUGGACACGGCAUCGUCAAGAACCUGUCCACCUUCAACAAAGAAGGCAAGGACUGCAAGCUGCACAACGAUGUGGAGAGAGUCCUGAAGGAGUUCCAUAAAAACCGCAAACCCAUCGGCCUGUCCAGCAUGGCGCCCCUGCUGGCGUGCCGCGUGCUGCCCAGCCUGGAGGUAACCAUGGGCUACGAGAAGGACGAGAGCAGCCGCUGGGGCAACUGGCCAAACACCAACAUGGUCACGGCCGUCAAAAGCAUGGGAGCUCGCCACAACGUCCGCGAGCCAUACGAAGCCUAUGUGGACGAGAAGAACCGUGUGAUCAGCACUCCUUCCUUCAUGUGGGAGACCGACUACCACUAUCACUACAUCUUCGACGGCAUCGGCAACAUGGUCAAGCACGUCAUGCGCAUGUCCAGCAAAUAAGACGCGAGCGAAGAACUCAGCAGCGGGGGGUUUUUAGAGAGCUUAAACAGUAUCGUUACACUGUAAGAAGCAAGGCAUGAGGCUACUGAUCCAACAUGCUUUUCCGUGCUGAGAUGAUUUAAGAGUCAAAUAGGUAUGUCAGGCUAAUAUCCCGGUCAUUCAGACAAUUCCAGAGUAAGCUGGACUGCUUUCCUUUCUGCUGUGUAGACUGAUAAGGGUGUGUAAUGUGGGCUUGAACUCAAUAAUAAAGUGACUCCAGGAUGCAUGCA